CGUACAUUAGUUUACCCAGAACUCCUACAUAUUUGCUCAAGGAUGUUUAGUUAGAAUACAAUGUCAAGUUCAUGAAUGUGAGAGAAGAGGGAGAUUGAUGAGAAACUGAGAAAGUAAUUGCUUGCACUCAAAUCCGAGGAAAAAGCGUGAAGGAUCUUAAUUAGAGUGGACUUGUGAUUUGUGAAUAAACCACUCUUCUAAUCUUGAUCAUCGACUUAAUUGAUCCAAUUAUGAGGGUUCCAACUUCCAAUUAAUCGUCUUGUUUGCCUUUCACCGAUUAACAAUCACAUGGUGUGACUAGCGGAGUGAAGAAGUGUUUGAUAGAUUAUUCUUUGCUCUUAGGCUCUUAGCAUUUACCCCCCUUCUCCGCGCACCCCAUUAGGUACUAGGCGCGCCAGUUUUUUUCCUUAGUUGGACUGUUUUGUCCUAAGGUUGCAGCGUCACUCCGGAAUGCUCGAUUAGUGGAUAUGUCUGCUCCUUUUUUUGCUCCUUGUUACUCGCAAAUUAUACCGUGGGAUCGGCCCACCAUGCGCAUGGUGUGCCAAUCCCAAAACGGUGUCGUUUUCCAUUAAAAAAAAUUAGGUUCGUUUUUCUGUUUUCAGUUGCAGCCGACUUCUUUCUUCCGCUUCCUUCUUCCGUUUUUAUUUCACUGAGCUUACGAACCUGAUUUGCCUUCAAAGGCUUCAAUGGAUUUCUCUCUAGAUGAUUCAGCUGUUGUGAAUUCAUUGAUUGAAUUCGGAGAUUCUAUUCCUUUUACUAUACAUGAUAACGUGAUUCCUUCAUCCGUUGACAAUAAUUUUGAAUGUGAUCAGCCGGUUCAUAUCGAGCACAUUGGUAAACAUUACAGUUUUUGAGUUUUGUGAAUUUAAUUUAUCUUAUUUAUGCUUGCAGUAUGCUGUAAUAUGUUUUGUUUUCUGUUUUAUCUUAUUGCUUUAGAAUUUGGAGUGUAGUAUUCAUAUUGGUUGAAUUUUGUUGUUUUCCUUUCAGGAGAAGAUGAAACUGGUUCAAUGGCUUCUAAAUUGUUACAUCUUCUUAGUAGAGAUACAUUUGCAACUAUUGACAAGGCAACCGAGAAUAAAUCACUUGUUGGAUUGUGUGUUAAAUCUGAAAAGGAUGCUUAUAAUCUUUACAAAAGUCAUGCUUUUGAAAAUGGAUUUGGUAUUCGAAGAUGCAAACAGAGGUUUAGGAGUGGCAAUGUAAGUUUGAUUAUGAAGUCUUACUGUUGUUGGAAAGAAGGGAAGAAACUACAAAAGGGCACUGAAAACAAAAUGUAUACGAAAUUAGAUUAUCGUUCAGGUUGUAAAGCAAAGCUGCAGUUUUCUAUUAGUGUUGAUGGUGAAUGGACUGUUUCAAAGCAUAUUACUGAUCACAACCAUUCUUUUUGUCCAAUUGGUCAAAGACACCUUCUCAAAUCACAUCGAGGUGUUGAUCAUGAGUAUCUUGAAUUUAUUAUGUUGAUGAAGGAGAGCGGGACAAAGGUUUCUGAUAUUCACCGUAUGCUUCAAAAACAGGCAGGUUGAACAAAGUGUAUGAAUGCAGUGACAAUAAAUGGUUAAAAAGGCUCUAUAGUCAUAAAGAAAAGUGGUGUCCUGCAUUUUCAAAGGAUUAUUUCUCUGGCGGCGUUCUAUCCUCCCAAAGAAGUGAAUCUACAAAUAGAUCCAUAUCUAGAAGACUCUCAAAAACUGCAACAUUGUGUGACUUUUACAAAAUGUUUGGUGAUGUUGUUGAUGAGUGGAGGUCAGAGGAAAAUGGUCAAGAUUUCAGAUGUUCAGAAGGCACCGUUGAGAUGGUAC